AAGGUCCGUCAUGCCCUCAAUGUAAUGUUGUGCUCACACAAAAAGAAUUGGAAUCUUUAAAAAUUACUUGGGAAAAAGCUCCAUUUUUGGUUGAGAUUCCACAUCUAAGCAAUAUUAAGGACAACAAAGAGGUUGCUGAAGAAAAAGGAGUGUUUUAUGUUGCUUUAUUGAACGGUCAAAAGUAUCAAUUUAGAUUUGAACAAGUCAAGACUGUUAGAGCUUUGAAACAAUCAUUGGUGCAACAAAUUGGUGUUGAAAGUAGAAAGCAAAAGACACCUGAUGAUACUUGGGAAGUUAUCCCUGUUGGUCGUCUGUCUAAUGGAAACGCUAUGAAUUAUGCUCCUAUUGAAAAUUCUAUUAGGGAAUUAGAAGGAAAUAUUGGUCAAUAG